CUGUCUCUCAGAUUUUUUUUUUUCUUUUUCUUUAUGAUCUCUUUCUUCAUCAUCUCUAUCUCAUCCUCUACUAACCCUCCCUAGUUCCCACUCACAUUUCCCAUCUUUUCAACAAAUUUUUCGAAUUCUUUUUCCCACUGAGAUUGACUUAAAUUGCAUCGCCAUUAUUUUUUCAUCUUUCAAGGUUAAGUUCUUUUUUUUUUUAACAACUCUUCCUCUGAUCUCACAUCCACCGGAAGAAGAAAAAUUCAACGAAAGUUAAAAAAGAUUCCUUCGUGAAUUUGCUUCCCGCCAUUAUUUAUUUAUUUUUGAUUGAUCGGAAAAAUAAAUAAUUAAGAAGAAAAUGGAGAGAGUGAAUCUGGGAGGUUUGGGUUACGAUAAUGGCGGAGGAGUCAUGAUGACUAGAGAUCCUAAACCUAGGCUCAGAUGGACCGCCGAUCUUCACGAUCGCUUCGUCGACGCCGUCGCUAAGCUCGGUGGCGCUGACAAAGCAACUCCUAAGUCGGUUCUGAAGCUGAUGGGAUUAAAAGGCUUGACACUGUACCAUCUCAAGAGCCAUUUACAGAAGUAUAGACUCGGUCAACAACAAGGGAAAAAACAAAAUCGAUCAGACCAAAACAAGGAAAAUGCUGGAAGUUCAUAUGUGCAUUUCGACAAUUGUUCUCAAGGCGGAAUCUCGAAUGAAUCAAGAUUUGAUAAUGGCCAUCACAGCAGACAAAGUGGGAAUGUACCUUUUGCUGAGGCAAUGAGACAUCAGGUUGAUGCACAACAGCGGUUUCAAGAACAGCUUGAGGUGCAGAAAAGACUGCAGAUGAGAAUGGAAGCCCAAGGAAAGUAUUUGUUGACAUUACUAGAGAAAGCACAGAAGAGCAUACCUUGUGAUAAUAAUAAUGCAGCAGAAACAGACGACAAGUGUCACUUCUCGGAUUUCAAUCUCGCACUUUCGGGACUUGUAGGAGAUGAUCAUAAGAGUCACAAGGCGACGGGUUUGGUCACUGAUAAUAUCUCACAACUUAAUGGUGGUGACUCUUCUGAUGAUUUCCGGUUAUGUGGAGGACAAGAGAAAAUAGAAACCGGAGGAGAUGCAGGUGUUAUUAAACCGGAAUCCGGGUUUGUGCAUUUCGAUUUGAACUCCAAAAGUGGGUUUGAUCUCUUGAGUUCUGGCAACUAUGGGAUUGAAAUGAAGCCAAAUGUGAUUGCAGAUAGACAGCCGUAGGUAUAAUAAGAGACCUCUUCUUUUAUUUUUUUUUAUGUUUGAUCUUCUUCCUUUUCCUUAUAGAAGAAUGUUACAAAGAUUGGCUUCAUGUUUUCUUCACAGUCAAAAUAUCUAAACCUCUCUCUUUUGAAAGUUCACUAAAGCAGUGUUAAUAAUAUCAGCUAAAUACGAAAUAACUGGUUUUUUUUUUUUAAAC